AACAUAGAAGGGGAUAUAAAUACGGACAAGUUAGAGAAGAAGCACGUAUCCUUUUUCUUAUCUUUCUAACCGUUUCACUCAAUCCCUCUUUUGGCUUUCUUCCUUCUUCUUCUUCAUCAUCACGUUCAUCUGCUUCCAGAUUUUCAUCAAUCUGCGAUGGAAGAAGAUCAGUACAUGAAUACGACUAAUCAGGACUACAAAUCUUCUUCCCCUGCCUCUCACGAGGUGGUGUCAAAUAGGAACAAAUAUGGAGGACUAACUCCAAAAAAGAAGCCUUUGAUUUCCAAGGAUCAUGAAAGAGCCUUCUUUGAUUCUGCAGACUGGGCUUUAUACAAGCAGCAAGGAGGUGGAGGAGAUCAGGCAUUGACAGUUGCCAUGGAGACAUUGCAGCCAAAAUUGAAGAAAACACCUCACCAACAGCUCCCUCCUCGAAGACCAACUUGUACUUCUGGAUGAUUUUAAACUUCAAACCCACCCCAUAUAUAUAUUAUAUAGUUUAUCCAAAAAAAAUUAAAUCAAAUUAGUACCCUGUUUGUUUUGUAUGCUUUGAUGAACAGAGUCCAUAUGAUCUUGUUUUCCAAUUUUCUCUACUAGUAUUUGUACAUGAUAAAUAACCUCAAAAGACUGAAUAAUGAUGUUUUAAUUGGGAAGUUAUUCCUUUCUUUCUAUGUGUAUGAAUUUGCAAGUUAUAGAAUACUUUCUCCUUUUUCUA